AGCUAUCACAAAAAUCAUUGCACAACAAUAAGUUACCCCUAUUUCCUAUUUCUUUCUACAAAUUAUCUACAACAAUUCAUCUACUUUUUACUCCUUUCCUUCUCAAUUUCUUAUGAUCGAGCAAUAGAAUGUGCGAUCACAGUUCAAUUCGCAGUUGACCCUCUUCGUUAAAGUUCAAACAACAGUCAACAAGUCAAACCCCAGUUCUAGUGCAAAAACCGGCCCGAGUGGGGAUUACACUUGUGAUGCUGAAUGUUGAUACCAGUUGUUGGGUUAGGGAUGGAUUCUGCAAUGGAUGACAUCAGCUUGAUUCAACAAAGGCAUCAUUUGGUGGUUAGGGAGCUCGGUGGAGAAAUCGAUUUAGAAAUCGGGCCGGGGGACGAUGACCCGACGUUUGCUCACACUCCUUUGAUUAACGUUCCGCCACAAGAAUCUUCAGCAGAUGAUCACGAUGAAAACAAGAAUAUGGCAGCUGUUUCACAGCUUCCAAAUGAUGAUCAAGAAUUGUUAAAGUCAAUUCCAGUCAAACGAAAGAAAAAAGUGGUGAAAAGAUGGCGGGAAGAAUGGGCUGAUACGUACAAAUGGGCGUAUGUGGAUAUGAAAGAAGGUACAACGAGGAUAUUUUGCUCGAUUUGCAGGGAAUACGGUAGGAAACAUAGAAGAAAUCCUUACGGAAACGAAGGCAGUAGAAAUAUGCAAAUGAGUGCUUUAGAAGAACAUAACAACAGUUUGCUUCAUAAAGAGGCUCUUCGUCUACAAUUGGCCUCUAAAGAUAAGAUAAUUACUGACAAGCCCAUAUAUGUAAAAGCUCUCAUGUCAAAAUCGUCGGGAUCGAUUGUUGAAGCUGCACUAAAAAGAGAUCCUAACGAGCUUGAGUUCAUACAAUCUGUGCAAGAAGUUAUUCAUUCUCUUGAAAGAGUUAUUUCAAAAAACUCGGGUUAUGUCAAUACCAUGGAGCGGUUGUUAGAGCCCGAGCGUACAAUUAUCUUCCGAGUUCCGUGGGUUGAUGAUAGAGGUGAAAUGCACGUCAAUCGUGGGUUUAGGGUCCAGUUUAACCAGACUUUGGGCCCGUGUAGAGGAGGCCUUCGCUUUCACCCGUUGAUGAACUUAAGUAUUGCCAAGUUUCUCGGUUUCCAGCAGACGUUAAGGACUGCAUUAUCUCCUUAUCGACUUGGAGGAGCAUCAGGCGGAAGUGAUUUUGAUCCCAAAGGGAAAAGUGACAAUGAGAUUAUGCACUUCUGCCAGAGCUAUAUGGAUGAGUUGUAUCGUUACAUUAGCCCCGAUAAGGAUCUUCCUUCUGAGGAGAUGGGUGUCGGCACUCGUGAAAUGGGUUUUCUAUACGGUCAAUAUCGACGCCUGGCCGGGCAUUCUCAGGGAAGUUUUACCGGCCCGAGACUUAACUGGUCUGGUUCCAGCUUACGUACUGAAGCUACUGGUUAUGGACUGGUUUUCUUUGCACAACUUAUGCUUGCAGACAUGAAUAAAGAACUCAAAGGACUAAGAUGCGUGGUUAGUGGGUCCGGGAAGAUAGCAAUGCAUGUUUUAGAGAAGCUUAUUGCAUACGGCGCUCUUCCAAUCACAGUAUCAGAUUCAAAAGGCUAUUUAGUUGAUGAGGAUGGUUUUGACUUCAUGAAACUAUCUUUUCUUAGAGACAUCAAAGCACAACAUAGAACUUUAAGAGAUUAUUCAAAGACGUACGCUCGUGCUAAGUACUACGAUGAAGCUAAACCUUGGAACGAAAGAUGCGAUGUUGCUUUCCCUUGUGCUUCACAGAACGAAAUCGAUCAUUCUGAUGCGAUUAGUCUUGUUAAUUUGGGAUGCCGUAUACUUGUUGAAGGUUCCAACAUGCCAUGUACCUCUGAAGCACUAGAUGUAUUGAAGGGGGCCAACGUUCUGAUUGCUCCUUCCAUAGCUGCUGGCACCGGAGGGGUUGUUGCUGGUGAGCUUGAGCUAAAAGAAUACAAUCUGAACUGGGCACCUGAGGACUUCGAGUCUAAACUACAGGAAGCAAUGAAACAGACCUACCAACGGGCUCUGAAAGCAGCAGCUGAGUUUGGUUAUCAGAAGGAGAGUCCAGAGGCUUUGAUACACGGGAGUGUAAUCUCUGCGUUUUUGACCAUUGCUACGAGUAUGUCAGAACAAGGAUGUGUGUAGAUCCACUAAAUGCAAAAGCGGUAAGAUGUUGGAAAGCGGUAAUUGUUGUGUAUAUAGUUUUAGGUAAGAGUUGUAAGAAUAUAUAUAUAUCAUUAUUAAGAUUAAGAUUAUACAUGCUGCUGAUAGUAAGUCAAUUGCUAUGCAGUUUGUGUGUUUUAAGUUAUGUAGGAUUGUGUGUAUUGGUUUUAUUGUGAAAACUAAUAAAUUAUUAUUUGAAUGAGAGCAAAAA